AUGCAAGCGGCGCAAGAAGAUCAACAGCGCCGCGUCCGGCGUACGUUCCGCUUCGCCGUCCCGCACCGCCGGUCGAUGCCGCUCGACGCCGAGGACGCCGACCGCCUCGACUUGGCCACCACGUUCCCGCUGGUCUCGCCGUACACCAACGGCGCGCUGCUCAAGCCAUGGACGACUGAGGCCGAGAAGUACCGCGUCGGAGUGGUCCACGAGUUCCUGAGCCUGACGCUGGAGAAGCGCGGGCUGAUCCACCACAUAUUCGAGUUCAAGGAGCUCGGGCUCACUCGGCACAUGUACGAGUCGCUGCGGAAGCAGAACCGCGCGUUCUACCUCGCCGGCACGGAGAUGAACUGGGCCCUGUUCCUCAGGGACGCUUACGACGACAAUGGCGUGCUCAAGGAGAAGGGUCCCCUCGUGCUAUUCAACGAGAAGCUGCAGCGCUACUCGUGCAUGACCAAGCUGGAUCCCGGAGAGAGCAUGGCUGAUGUUGCAGGCUUGGAUGAAUAG